AUCAUCCCGAUGAAGUGACGAGGUGUCGAGGGCGUAAAUUGUGAAAACUCCCGGAUUUUUGUACAAAGCGGCCUGUUUUAAGUGUAAACAUGUGUCCUUCCUGUUUUUAAUGAGUAUAUUUACCCAGUGUGAAAAUGGCCCAGGAUACUGACGAUAUCAACUUGACUCCUCAAGAAUUACAAAUACUAUCUGAGUUAGACAGCCGACAGUUUGGAUUUUUAAAAUUAAAUUCACCAGAGCAAUCAAAGAAGAAAGCUUUAGUUGUUCGUGCAAUUAAAUAUUUAGAAAGGAUGUUGGUCCAAGCACAAGCUGAAAAGCAACGUAGAAAAGCAGAUAGUACAAAAAUUAAUCCUGAUGAAUUGAAGGAUGAUGAUGAAGAUAAAGGAAUUAGUAUUGAUCCUAAAACAUACUGUAAAUUAGGACAUUUCCAUUUACUUUUAGAGGAUUAUAGUAAAGCUAUGUCUGCAUAUCAAAAAUUUUACUCCUUGAAAGGGGACUACUGGAAAGAUGCUUCAUUUUUAUAUGGACAAGGACUUGUCUAUUACCACUUCAAUGCUUUUCAGUGGUAA